AUGGCGGACCAACAUGAGGUCGACCUUGACUCGAUAAUCGACCGUCUCCUCGAGGUUCGAGGCAGCCGUCCUGGCAAACAAGUCCAGCUUCUUGAGGCUGAGAUUCGCUACCUGUGCACCAAGGCUCGUGAGAUCUUCAUCUCCCAGCCUAUCCUCCUUGAGCUCGAGGCCCCGAUCAAGAUCUGCGGCGAUAUCCACGGACAAUAUUACGACCUGCUGCGUCUCUUCGAGUACGGCGGCUUCCCUCCUGAGGCCAACUACCUCUUCCUUGGUGACUACGUCGAUCGUGGCAAGCAGUCCCUCGAGACCAUCUGCCUGUUGCUCGCCUACAAGAUCAAGUACCCCGAGAACUUUUUCAUUCUUCGCGGCAACCACGAGUGUGCUUCCAUCAACCGCAUCUACGGUUUCUACGAUGAGUGCAAGCGCCGCUACAACAUUAAGCUAUGGAAGACAUUUACGGACUGCUUCAACUGCCUGCCCAUUGCCGCCAUCAUUGACGAGAAAAUCUUCACCAUGCACGGUGGUCUCAGCCCUGAUCUGAACUCCAUGGAGCAGAUUCGCCGCGUCAUGCGACCCACCGACAUUCCUGACUGCGGUCUUCUCUGCGAUCUUUUGUGGUCGGAUCCCGACAAGGACAUCACGGGCUGGAGCGAAAACGACAGAGGUGUUUCUUUUACCUUCGGUCCCGACGUUGUGUCUCGGUUCCUCCAGAAGCACGACAUGGAUCUGAUCUGCCGCGCUCAUCAGGUCGUGGAAGAUGGUUACGAGUUCUUCUCCAAGCGUCAACUGGUCACUCUCUUCAGCGCACCAAACUACUGUGGAGAGUUUGACAAUGCUGGAGCUAUGAUGAGCGUGGACGAGAGCUUGCUCUGCUCGUUCCAGAUCCUAAAACCCGCUGAGAAGAAACAAAAGUACGUUCCUGGUGUUCUCGGAGGCAACAGCCGACCAGUCACUUCUCCCCGAAAAUCCGCUUCCAAGUGA